CGCGAAUCGCCCAUCACUAGUUUGCAGUCGGUCGCCCGCGCGCGCUCUCUUCCCUCUUCCCCCGACCUGCCAUGGAUGUUACGCCGGCUAAAUAUGCGUUCAUCGUUAUUUUGCUUCACUUUCAGCACACAAAGGCUCUCUAUAUCACCGACAGCAUAGAUUCCCUGCAGCAUGUCCUGAAGGAGUACGCCCUGGUGAAGCCGGCGAGCGUGGACACAGACGGACGCUUCCUGUCCCACGCCGUCUCGGCUGACCGCAUGAGUGGGCUGCAGCACCGGCGCAGGAAGAGAGACGCUCACGAGCACAGAGACCCAGAGCACCACGAGACACUCUUUUACAAUGUCACCGUUUUUGGACAGGAGUUUCACAUGCUCUUGAGGCGCAACUCGCGCUUGGUGGCCCCGGGAGCGACUCUGGAGUGGCACGAGGAGGAUAACCGAACCUGGACAGAACCACUACUGCCAAGCAAAUGCCUGUACGUGGGCCAUGUUACUAAUGUACCAGAUACUUCAGUGGCCAUUAGCAACUGUGACGGCCUGGCGGGCAUGAUCCGCGCAGGUCAGGAGGAGUUCUUCAUCGAGCCACUGGAGAGAGGAGGCGACAUGACAGGAGAGGAGGAGGGUGGAUCCGGACGACAUCACAUCCUCUACCGCUUGUCUGACAUCAAGAAACCAGCCAUCAGUCAUGCUGACUACUUUCACCCCAGAGGUUCAGUACUGGGUAGUCUGGCUGGAGUGGAAGCCAUAUCCAAAGGGUUUAAGCAAAAAAUGCACAGCAGCAGUCGUGCACGCAGACAGUCGGACCAAGACGAGAUCUUCAACAUCGAGGUGCUGCUGGGAGUGGAUUGCUCCGUGGUGCAGUUUCACGGCCGAGAGCAUAUCCAGAAAUAUCUGCUCACCCUUAUGAACAUCGUGAAUGAGAUCUACCAGGAUGCCUCACUUGGUGCUCAUAUCAAUGUAGUGCUGGUGCGAAUCGUGAUGCUCUGCUCAGCCAAGUCCAUGGGACUGAUUGAGCUAGGGAACCCAUCUCAGAGUCUGGAGAAUGUGUGUCGCUGGGCUUUUCUGCAACAGAAGGAGGACGAGAACGAUGCGGAGUAUCAUGAUCAUGCCAUCUUCCUUACCAGACAAGAGUUUGGACCAACGGGCAUGCAGGGUUACGCUCCAGUGACAGGCAUGUGUCACCCAGUGAGGAGCUGCACUCUGAAUCAUGAGGAUGGUUUCUCGUCUGCUUUUGUGGUGGCUCAUGAGACAGGACACGUAUUAGGGAUGGAACAUGAUGGACAGGGUAAUGAGUGUGGAGACGAGGUGCCGAUGGGAAGCAUCAUGGCUCCACUGGUGCAGGCGGCCUUCCACCGCUUCCACUGGUCCCGCUGCAGCCAGCAAGAGCUCAGCAAAUACAUCAACACCUACGACUGUCUGCGCGAUGACCCCUUCGAUCACGAGUGGCCGUCCCUUCCUCAGCUACCCGGUCUGCAUUACUCCAUGAAUGAGCAAUGCCGCUUUGACUUUGGCAUGGGUUACAUGAUGUGCACAGCGUACAGCACCUACGACCCGUGCAAGCAGCUGUGGUGCAGCCACCCUGAGAAUCCUUUCUUCUGCAAGACCAAGAAAGGCCCUCCCAUUGACGGCACCAAGUGCGCUGCAGGAAAGAACUGCUUUAAAGGUCACUGUAUCAAGCUGACGUCGGACAUCCUCAGGCAGGAUGGACACUGGGGGCAGUGGACUAAGUUUGGCUCCUGCUCACGUACCUGUGAAGGAGGCGUCCGUUUUCGCACCCGCCAGUGUGACAACCCCAUCCCGGCCAAUGGCGGACGCACAUGCUAUGGAAACAACUAUGAGUUCCAGCUGUGUAACACUGAGGAGUGUGCCAAGGAUCUUGCUGAUUUCCGAGAGGAGCAGUGCAAGUUGUGGGAUCCGCACCUAGAGCACCAGGGGACCAAGCACCAGUGGCUGCCAUAUGAACAUCCUGACCCCGAGGAGCGAUGCAACCUCUACUGCCAAUCUAAAGAAACUGGAGAUGUAGUCCCCAUGAAGAGGAUGGUGCACGAUGGCACACGCUGCUCCUAUAAGGAUCCCUACAGUGUGUGUGUGAGAGGAGAGUGCGAGAGAGUGGGCUGUGAUAAUGUGAUCGCCUCUGAGCUGGAGGAAGAUAAGUGUGGUGUAUGUGGAGGGAACAACUCCACCUGCAAGAUCGUCAAAGGCAACUUCACUAGGAGCACUAGGAAACCGGGUUUCCUGAAGAUCCUGGAAAUUCCCAGAGGAGCGAGGCAUGUCCUGAUCCAGGAGUUUAAAGGAUCUCCUCAUAUUCUGGCGGUGAAGAACCAAGCCACGGACGAGUUAUUCCUGAACGAUGAGGGCGAGUUUCCUGAGACCAGAUCAGUGAUUGAGAAAGGUGUGCUUUGGGAGUAUACCAACGAUGAUGACAUGGAAACAGUCCAGACCACAGGCCCGCUGAGAUACGGAGUCCUCAUCAUGGUCCAGUCUCAUGGUACAUCUAAAGUCACGCUGUCCUACAAGUACAUUCUACCAGAGGAUCCAUCAUCAUCUAUGGAGAACAACUUACCUCAGGAUGACAUAAUGUACUUCGAGUGGGCUCUUAAGAAAUGGUCUCACUGCUCCAAGCCGUGUGGUGGAGGUAAGCAAUAUACGCGAUUCGGCUGCCGCAAGAAGUCAGAUGGUAAAAUGGUGCACCGCACGUUCUGCGCCAACAUCCCCAAACCCCGAGCCAUCAGUCGAGCCUGUAAUGUGAAACAAUGCUCCGAGCCCAUUUGGGUAACUGGAGACUGGGAGGAGUGCAGUAAGUCAUGUGGUAAGACGGGGACUCAGACUCGGCCUGUGCGCUGUGUGAGGCCUCAGGAAGACAGCACACACAAAACUGUCAACUCCAAAUACUGUGGCGAUGAUCGGCCCGAGAGUCGGCGCUCCUGUAAUCGCCACCUCUGUCCCGCUCAGUGGAGAACCGGACCAUGGUCCCUGUGCUCCGUCACGUGUGGAAAUGGAACCCAGGAGAGGCAGGUUAUGUGUAGCACUGCCGAUAACACCAUCGGCAUCUGUAAGGACACAAAGCCGGAAAACAUUCGGAGAUGUCAACUGGUGCCCUGUCCAAAUGAUAAGGGGAACUUCCUGAUCCAGUGGCUUUCCAGAGCAGACCCCGAGUUCCCAGCACCCAAGAUCUCCUCAAGGGUGCGCUGUAAAGGCGACAAAUCAGUCUUCUGUCGUAUGGAGGUGCUGAGUAAGUACUGCUCGAACCCUGGCUACAAGCAGAUGUGCUGCAAAUCUUGCAGCGAAAGCAACUUCACAUCAACUCUCAACCUGACCUACACCACUACCAGGUCUCCACGCUCUCACCGUCUCCACACCACACCGCCCACUAGCCAUAUCUCCACCUUCAGACCUAGCAGCACCUAUACACCUUGGAGAUACACCACAACUCUGAACCCAUUCAUCCUGAGCAGAGGAACUGCGUUUCCCAGAACCACCAGCUCCAUCCUGGAGGAAACGGAUGGUCCGAGCACUUCAUCGGACGAGGAGGAAAUCACGGAACCUUGGAGAGUCGAGAUCAUCGGUGAGGUCUCAGAUUCCACAUAUGGGUUUGAGGAACUUACAGGCACCGCUGAAUACGUAGUGACCGGAACAUCAAUUACGGCGUCAACACAAUCCGGGUUUACUAGUACAAGUCUUCCGACUGUAGUAAGUCUUCACAUAUCAGAAGACAGAAAGGAGAACAAUUCAGUCGACGUGUCGUACAGAGUUGUUAACGGUAAUGAAGUCACCCAUAACUACUUUAUACCUAAAAAGCGAGUACCCUUCCGAGAGAGAACGCAGAAUAAAAGAAUUCAACAGCUCCUUGAGGAAAAAAGGAGACAAGACUUUCUUAAAAGACUCAAACUGAAACCUGGAGACUGAUUUGACAGGGCUUUUUUAUCUUUCUUUUGUUUUUUGUUUUUAAUUUCCUUUCUUUCAGUGUCAUGGAAACACUUCAGUCUCUGAGAUGUAUUAUAACAUCUGUGGUCAAUUCACCUUCAGAAUGCUGUUAAGUGCCAGAACCUUUUUCUGAUUGCAUUUGUUUCUGUUUUCGUAUGAACGCUUUGCACUUGUUAACCCUCACAAUACACACAAUCCUGUAACAAAUGUAGUCACGGUGAUUCGUUUAAUCUGGAAACACGGUUGUUCAGUUUGAGAAUUUUGCCAAGUAAAAUUAAGACUAAACAUUUAUAUGAAAUAAACACUCAGCAGCCACUUUAAUAGGUACUCAUUCGUGCAGUUAUCCAAUCUGCCAAUCAUGUGGCAGCAGCUCAGUGCAUAAAAUGAUGAAGAUACAGGUCAAGAGCUUCAGUUAAUGUUUACAGCAAACAUCACAAUGGGGAAAAAAUGUGAUCUCAGUGACUUUGAUUGUGACAUGGUUGUUGGUGCUAGUGUGAGUAUUUCAGAAACUCUCAUUUUCAUGCACAAAAGUCUCUAAAGUUUACACAGAGUGGUGCGGGGAAAAAAACAUCCAGUGAUCUCUUAUUCGCAGUUGUGCAGGCGCCUAAAGGUUCAACAUGUUGUGCAUUCUGAGAUGCUUUUCUGCUCACCGCAGUUGUAAAGAGUGGUAAUUAGAGUAACUAGAGGAGAAUGGAAUCUGUCCAUUCUCCUCUGAUCUCUCUCUUCAACAAGGCAAACAGAUCUGCCGCUCAUUGGAUGUUUGGGGGGGUUUUCGCACCAUUGUGUUUGAUGUAAACAUUAACAUCAAAAACAUUAACCCUUUACUGCAUGAAUUAUUACAUUUACAUUAGUUCAAGUAAUCAAAAUAUAUUGAAAAAUUUUUGAAAAACAUUUUGAUGGGUGGUAGUUGGUAAAUUGUGAUUGCAUGUUCACAGGCACAGUGUAUAUAGUCAAAUAGUGUAGAAUAUAGUCACAAAAUAACACAAAAUGUAUGAGAUGGCACUUUUGAUAGUUAUGUCAAAGUUAAAGCCCUCCAUUUCCAGUUACAUAGGAAAAUAGUGGAUUUGUAUUAUCGCCUAUCAAAAAAUUGGAGAUGAAUAAAUUAUUACCAUAUGGCAACACCAUGCAGUAAAGGGUUAAUCUACUGACCUGUAUUUACAUGAGUUUUCCCACACGAUUGGAUAACUGCAUAAACAUUCAUGUUCCUAUUAAUGUGGCCAGUGAACAUAGACUCAAAUUCUAAUUUCAGCUUCCCUGAUAAACAUCACAUUUCCCAUUUCCCUUUCUCGGAUACAACUAAUGAUGGUUACAGAUUAGUAAGAACAUUCUGGAAAAUUUGCAAAUCUGGAAAAGGUUGUUGAAAAGUUUGGAUUGAAAAAGUUUGGACAGAGCAAGAACCCUGUUAUAUGUACGUAUUCGUCUUUCACGUGUGUAUCAGUCAGCAAUUAUCCAAGAAAUAGAAAACAGGAAUGUGAUGAUUUCUCGAUAAUUAUAUGUUUAACCAGCAGAAUAAUUAAUAUUGUUUAAAAAAAUCCAACAUACAUUCCAUUGUUGAUUUUAUGACAGAUACUUAAUCCAUAUUUUAUUUCUAAAACCACUACUUUCCCAGCAGGAGCUGCUUUCAGAUUUAAAGGAGGAUUGAAGAUUUUUAAAUGACAUUCAGACAUCCAUUGUUAGUAGUAAAAAUGUUUCUGGUUGAUAAGAAUUUAAUGCUAGUUUUUUUUUAAAUCAUGUUAUUAUUCAUGUUUCAUGUUGUUCAGGAAUAGUGCAUGUAUUUUAAACCACUCAUGCGUUGUUCUUUCAACGUGAGCAUGACGGACCAAAAUCCUCCUAUUUUAAUGAUAUUGUUUUUAUGAGCAACAUGUCAUUACCUACACAAAUAUGAACCUCCUCAUGAGUGUUGUAUAUAUUAAUUCAUUAUUUUUUUUAAAUAUAUUUAUUGAAGUGCCUUUGACUCAUUGGGAGUGUUUUAUCAGUGCAAUUCGAGCUUACAUGGAAGCCAUUGCAUGCAGCAUGAGCGUCAAAUACGUCUGAUUCUCGGACCUGACACUGUCCAUGCUGUCUGAAGCCAGUCACUUCAAGAUACAGGAUUGCACGUGCAUUCUUUCAUACAUUAUUUCAAUAAAAUUGCAAGCGAACUCAA